UUUUAAUUCUAAUUGUUUAUUCUCAGUUGUUUGACACAUUUUCUUUUCAAAGGUGUAUUAUGUUUAGCAAGUCAUUGAAGAAGGCCUUUCUGUUGCUGGAAAGAAAUACUAUAAAGAUCAGUGAGGAACCAAAAUCCACAUUAGUUCCUGAAACAUGAGCCAGGAGAACCAAGUUACUAAUUCUUCUCCUAUGGAAAAUGCCCCAGUGAAGCGGAAACGAGGCCGUCCUCGAAAGGAUGAAAAUCUGGUCUGUGGGAAGCCAGCUUCGACAUCUCCCCCUGUAAUUGAUAUAGUGAGGAGAAAGCGACGUCGUAGAGUAGAUGAAAUUAGUGAUGCCAUGGUGGGCCAGGCUGUUUCUGGUGUCCUUGAAGGAUCAUUCGAGGCUGGAUACAUGCUCACUGUCAAGGUUGGGGACACCAAUACUGUUUUGAGGGGUGUUGUGUUUGAACCAGGGUUAUCGGUUCCAAUUUCGGUUGCGAAUGAUGUGGCCCCACAUGUCAAGAUGUUCAAAAGAAAUGAGAUUUCCCUGCCAACCCAGGUGCGAGGUACUAACCUCCAAUCUGAGCAAAAUAAUGAAAGACUUGUCAAGGUUUCAGUGAAUGAGGGUGUUCUUGCGUCAAAGGUUUUCUCACCUGUCAAACUGGUCCCUAGAGCACCCCAAUUAUCGCCCUACCAGGUUCAGAUCAAUCCCAUGGCAUUCUCAAAGGGAGAAGUUAAUGAUGCUAACAAUGUCCCAAAAACUGCACCCCAUGCCUUGCAGCCAGAGGAGAGUAAAACCAAGUGCUCACCUAGUCUACCUGCCAAAGGACUGGCAGGUGAAGCAAGUGGUGAUGCCAAUCAUGCUGAUCAAGUUUCUUCACAACUGGCAGCAUCUCAGACUGAGAACAGGAUUCCUACUGAUGUUAUGCAAAAUGACAAGUCUGGUCUUCCCACAAGAGAAGCUGAAGCACUGCCAGUUGAUGUUGGCCAGGUGGUUCAAAUUUCUAUGCAAACAGCAGCACCACAGAUAGAGAAGAGAAAGUCAAUUGAUUUGUUUUCAAAUAACAAGUCUGAUCUUUCCACAACUGAACCUGAAGGAGUGCCAAGUGAUAUCAAUCAGAUGGUCCAUGUUCCUUCACAGGCAGCAGCAUCGCAGGUUGAGGCUUUGAAGUCAACCUAUGUAUUGCCUAAUGACAAGUUUGAUCUUCCCGCAAGAGAACCUGAAUGUCCGCUAAAUGAUGCCAGUCAGGUGGUUGAAGAUUCUUUGCAAGCAGCAGCACCUCAGAGAGAUAGUGGAAAGUCUGCCAAUGUGGUGCCUGAUGACAAGACUGAUCUUCCUACAGGAGAAGCUGAAGUACUGCCAGUUGAUGCUGGCAAGGUGGUUCAAAUUUCUAUGCAAACAGCAGCACCUCAGAUAGAGAAGAGAAAGUCAAUUGAUUUGUUUUCAAAUGACAAGUCUGAUCUUCCCACAAGUGAACCUGAAGGAGUGCCAAGUGAUAUCAAUGAGAUGGUCCAUGUUCCUUCACAGGCAGCAGCAUCGCAGGUUGAGGCUUUGAAGUCAAUCUAUGUAUUGCCUAAUGACAAGCACGAUCUUCCUGCAAGAGAACCUGAAGGUCCGCUAAAUGAUGCCAGUCAGGUGGUUGAGGAUUCUUUGCAAGCAGCAGCACCUCAGAGAGAGAGUGGAAAGUCUGCCAAUAUGGUAUCUGAUGACAAGACUGACUUGCUCACAAGAGAACUUGAUAGUUCCAACCAAGCCUCACUUAUCAAGCCAGAGCAAGUUGUACAGCCUGUGGUUAAGGGUGAACCAUCUGCAACCCAACCUUUACAGUUGGAGCAUGACAGGGUUGUUGCACCAGCUGAGAAGUUUCAAGAAAAUGAAUCUGCAGCUCUAAUCAAGCGGCCCCUGAAAAAUUCAAAUGCACCUGAAGAUUCAAAAUCCAUCCCUAGUACUGAACCUUCUGUUGAGAAACUGUCGGGCAGUGAAUCCAUUGACCAGGUAACUCAAGUUCAUUCACAUGUGAUGAUAUCUGAACUUCAGCCUGGCUGGCAUGCUGACAAUGCUUUGACUUCAGGGGGCUUUGAAGUUAAACUAAACUGCAUUCCUGUGUCAGAUCCACCCCAACCUGUAGCUACCCAACCAGAUAAUGAAGUGACCAACUUCUUGGAAAAGAAGGCUUCUCCAAAAGGUGAUACACCACAAGAUUUAACAUUUAAACUUUCUGAUGAGAUUCCAAGUAGAGUUGAGUUUUCACAGUUGGAUGGGAGGGCAAAGGCUGAUGUCUCUGAAGUGACCGAGGGACAUACAGAGUCUGAGUCGCAGAUCAGUCAAUCAGUAGAUGUGUUCCACAGAGGAAUUAGUGCCCAAAUUUCUUACUCUUCUAUGGCCAUGCAGAAUGAAGCUAUUCCCAGUGAACAACCCUCCCAAGAAUUGCAGAAAGGAACUACUCCAGCUGUGUCACUUGAUUUGGAACUGAAUGGGCACCAAAUCUCUACUUCCACCCUGCCCAUCCAGAAUGAAGAUAGUGUUGCAGAGGAUGCUGUUCCCAGUAUUCAAUCUCAGUAUGAUCCUGAAGAAUCAAAGGUUACCGGUAGUAUGAGUACCUGAGAAGGUGUUGAAGUAAAAAACAUGCUCUAACUGAAGAUAACUGCACUGAGCCUUGAA